UCAGUAUGAAGGGUGAAGAUGAUGAGGUCAAAGGUGAAAGUGAGGAGAAGAGAGAGGCAGAGCCUCCAAGCAGCAGCUCAACACAACACAUGACAACAGAAGCUGAUGGAGACCACUGUGGAGGAUCACAAGGAGACAAGCUCUUAGCUCCACUAUCAGAUAGUGAGGACACAACGUCACACUCUCCUGACACUGAUGAUGAAGACUCUAAAGAUGAUAAGACAUGUCACACUGACAACACUCACUUCAAAUGUUCUCACUGUGACAAAACCUUCAAAUACCAUAGUCAUCUGAAAAGACACAUGAUAAUACACACUGGGGUGAAACCUUUUUCUUGUUCAAUCUGUGGCUUAUCUUUUACAAGGAAGGACAAUAUGAAAGAGCACACAAGAACACACAAAGGAGAAAAACCUUUUUCGUGUUCUGUGUGUGAUUCAAGGUAUGCACGAAGUCAAUGUUUGAAAUUACACCUGAAAAGACACACUGGGGAAAACCUUUUUAAGUGUUCCGUGUGUAAUUCAAGUUUUGUCCGAGGUGAAAAUUUGAAAACCCACAUGAGAACACACACUGGAGAAAAACCUUUUUCUUGUUCAGUCUGUGGUGUAUUUUUUACACAGAGUGCAAGUUUGAAAAAACACUUGAGAACACACACUGGAGUUAAACCUUUUUCCUGUUCAGUGUGUGGAACAGGUUUUGUACACAAGAACAACUUGAAAACACACAUGAGAAUACACACUGGAGAAAAACCUUUUUCCUGUUCAAUCUGUGGCUUAUCUUUUACGAGGAAGGAACAUAUGAAAGAGCACACAAAAACACACACGGGAGAAAAACCUUUUUCCUGUUCAGUGUGUGAUUCAAGUUUUGCACGAAGUCAAAAUUUGAAAACACACAUGAGAAUACACGCUGGAGAAAAAGUGUUGAGUUGCAGUGUGUGUGAUGAAAGAUUCUCUCAUGAGUACCAACUUAACGAACACAAGUGUGCUGGUGAGAGCAGCAGCAGUAAAAUAGAAACCCCAGGCCAAAUCUCCCAGUGGUAAAUAAUCCUUCAAAACAAAGCUGAAUCCAAAUGAUGAUCAGGAUCAACAGCAAAAUCGAGUCACUUGUUCCUUAUCCCAUUUCUGAAAUUUCCUGAAAGUUUCAUUAGCAUCUGACUAUACUUUUGUUAUGAUUCCAACUAAAUGACAAUUAAUCAAGCCCCAAAUCACUUUUAGGUAUUUUUCAAUUACUUCAAUCGCAAACAUGUAAAUAUGUUUCUUAGUUACACAUCCUGGAAAACAACAUCCACACAACAGUUUAUAUUUAUUUUUCAUUCUGACUAAUAUGUUUAGUUGCGUACUAACGCUUAAAUCUGUACUUCUGCUAAUAUUUAAGAAGUGAUGAUGAUGUUAUGGUUCAGGCUUGCUGUCUCCAAAACAAGUCUCCACCACGGUGGUGCCAGCGGUCCUACUACUUGUACUUGUACACUAUACAAUAUAAUUAUGCACACCUUUUGUAAGAUAGACAUUUUUGUUUGUACUAGCAAUUUGAAAUCAGCGCUGUAUCCUUUGGAUGUGACCUUGUAGAAUAAAAUAAGUUUUUUUU